AUGGUGAAGAAUUCAAUGGUGCAUGGAGUCACUCGAGUCGAUUUGACUGCUUACUCUGCGGAAUCAUUUGAAAAUGCAAUCCAGUUUUACUUGGCAUUCCUUGUGCUGGACGAGCUAGACCAAAAUGAAGACGGAGGUGUGGUCCUUGCCAAUUCCCAUGUAUAUAUCAAGAUCAGUUAUAAAGAAGAUGGUGAGAUGGAGCGUAAAGUGAAUGAUAGGCUCAUGAACCUAAUAGAAAAGACGACGUCGGGUGAUUGGCGUGCUGUGUCAUCUAACGUGCUUGUAUAUACUGUUGAUGACAUCGGGUUGGUGAAAGAAACAUUGAAGAGGAUUGGGUUACCACAUCAAGCAUAUCCAACAGAAUUGACACCGGCACAGAUCUACACCUUAGAUCCCCUUGGAAACGUUGUUGGUUUUACUGGAAACAAGCUAGCGAUAGCCACCGAGAUACCCUUUGUACUACCAACCGAGGAGGAUGAUGAAUCAGAACUGUCAUCGAAGGAAUCUUCCUACACUAAUCUUACGUCAUUGAUGCGUACAACAAGUGGCUAUCCGUCCCUACCUUUUGGGCACUCAAGAACACAUAGAAAUAUUGCAAUACUGACAUCGGGCGGUGAUGCACCCGGGAUGAACUCGGUGAUAAGGGCUGUUGUAAGAACAGCAUUAUUUAAAGGAUGCAGAGUAUACAUAGUUAGAGAAGGUCUGGAAGGUUUAGUAAAGGGAUACAUAGAGGAGUUUUUUUGGGAAGAUGUAGGUGGAUGGAACAGUCAAGGUGGUACAAAUAUCGGUACAGCUAAAAGUAAUGCAUUUUUACAAAGAAGAGGCAGAUUAUUGGCUGCCAGAAACUUGAUCAUUCAUGAUAUAGAUUCAUUGAUUGUCUGUGGUGGUGAUGGAUCAUUAGCUGCUGCUGAUAUCUUCAAGCAUGAAUGGCAUUCGCUUAUUAGUGAAUUAUUGAGCUCUCAUCUUAUUAAGAUAGAGCAAUUGCAUUCACAUAAACACUUAACAAUAUGUGGAAUUUCAGCAUCGAUAGACAAUGACAUACCCGUUACUGAUGCAAGCAUUGGGGCAUAUUCUGCUCUUGAUAGAAUAUGUAAAGCAUUAGAUUACAUACAGGUAACAGCUGAGUCUACAUCGCGCGCAUAUGUUGUAGAAAUCAUGGGUGGAAACUGUGGUUGGCUAACAUUACUCGCUGGUAUUGCAACAGCUGCAGAUUAUAUAUUCCUUCCAGAAUGUCCUCAACAAAAGGAGGACUGGCGAACACACCUUCAGAGGAUUGUUAAACGAAAUAGAAGGAAUGGAAGACGUAACACAUUGGUUCUAUUAUGUGAGGGAGCUGUGGCUGCAGACUCUACCCCAAUUACCUCAAGAGAUGUUCACCAGGUUUUAUCUGAGGAGCUUGAUAUAGAUACGCGUAUUACUGUCCUAGGUCAUGUACAAAGAGGUGGUGCACCAGUUGCAUAUGACAGAAUUUUAGCUACAUUACAAGGUGUCGAAGCCGUCAGUGUCAUUUUGGAGUCUACACCUGAUACACCUUCUUACUUAAUUGCUGUAAAGGAGAAUAAAAUCUUGAGAAAAGAUUUGCAGGAUGCUGUGCGUCAAACAUUUAAGAUAUCCACUUCCCUCAAGGAUAGAGAGUUUGAAAAGGCAUUCAGAGCGAAGGAGGCGGAGUUUAUCGAACACUAUCAUAACUUUCUUGCAAUAAAUGCUGCCGAUCAAGAUAAGAAGUUAGUCAAAUCAGCUUCACUUCUGAACAUUGCAAUAAUUAACAUUGGCGCUCCUGCAGGAGGCAUGAACUCUGCUGUUUAUGCAAUGGCAUCAUAUUGUAUGUGGAAAGGGCAUCGGCCCAUUGCCAUCUAUAAUGGGUGGUCUGGUCUUGCAAGACAUGAGAGUAUUAGAAGUUUGAAAUGGUCCGAAAUUGUAGGAUGGCAGAGCCGGGGCGGUUCUGAAAUUGGUACAAAUAGGGAAACACCAAAUGAGGCAGAUGUUGGUAUGAUAGCAUAUUAUUUCCAGAAGUACAAAAUUGAUGGUCUGAUCAUUGUUGGUGGCUUUGAGGGGUUUGAGUCUCUUAGACAACUAGAGAAGGCACGUGAACUGUUCCCAGCAUUUAGAAUUCCAAUGGUACUAAUCCCUGCCACAUUGUCAAACAAUGUUCCAGGAACGGAGUAUUCACUUGGAUCAGAUACAGCACUAAAUUCAUUGACUGAAUUUUGUGAUAAUAUCGGUAUUUCAUCCGCCGCUACAAAGGAUAAGGCUUAUGUAGUGGAAGUCCAAGGUGGAAAUUCGGGAUAUUUAGCUACUCUCACCUCUAUUGCCAUCGGUGCAUGUGCGACAUAUGUACCGGAAGAAGGUAUAUCACUGGUGCAACUUUCAGAAGAUAUAGAAACUAUUUCUAAGUCAUUUGAUUGUGUUCAAACAGGUGAUCACGCUGGUAAGAUUAUUUUGAAAAGUCAAAAUGCAUCUAAGGCAAUGAGUGCUGAAAAAUUAGCUAAUAUUAUUACAGAGGAAGCUGCUGGCAAAUUUGAAGCAAAGUCUGUUAUACCGGGCCAUUUACAACAAGGUGGUACUCCAAGUCCAAUUGAUAGAACUAGAGCAACAAAACUUGCUAUUAGAGCUGUUGAUUUCAUACUUGAAAAAUCUAAGGUGCUGAAAUCUCAGGAUGAUGUGAUAUAUGAACACACAAAAGAACUGACAGAAUCAGCAGUGGUCCUUGGGGUCAAAGGUAGUAAUAUUUUAUUUACAUCAGUUAAGCAAUUGUACUUAUUUGAGACAAAUGUUCGUGAUAGAAUGCCCAAGGUUAUACAUUGGGAUGGGAUCCGCACGUUAUCAGAUCAUAUGGCAGGAAGGAGGAGAAUCUAUGAAGAUGAAGACAAUUAA